CCCUUUCUCCCUCAGCACAUCUAUCUAUAUAUCUUCGUCCACUUCCCCUUCUCACUAAGAGAGAGAAAAAAAAAAACAAGGCAAACAAGAAGAGCAAGCAAGCACGAUGUUGUCCCACAUCCUCCUCCUAGGCACCUUUGCCUCGCAAGCCCUUAGCCACGGACACGUCACCAAUGUUAUCGUCAACGGCGUCUCCUACCCAGGCUGGGACAUAGGCACCUUCCCCUACAUGAAUGACGCCCCCCUAGUCGCCGCCUGGGGCACCCCCAACACGGCAAACGGCUACAUCGCCCCAGACGCCUUUUCCACCGCGGACGUGAUCUGCCACGUGAACGCCACAAACGGGGAGGGCUCGAUCCCCGUCGCGGCAGGGGACAGCAUCAGCAUUCAAUGGACCGCAUGGCCGGAUUCCCACCACGGACCCGUGAUCGACUAUCUCGCGGACUGCGGAUCGAGCUGCACGACCGCGGAAAAGGCCACGCUGGAGUUCUUCAAGAUCUCCGAGGUGGGACUGGUGGAUGGUUCCGUUGUCCCAGGGACGUGGGGCACCGACGAGCUCAUCAAGAAUAACAACUCGUGGCUUGUCCAGAUCCCCCGCGACAUUGCGCCGGGGAAUUACGUGCUCCGACAUGAGUUGAUCGCUCUGCAUGGGGCGCAGACCGAGAACGGCGCCCAGAAUUACAUGCAGUGUUUCAAUUUGCAGGUCAAAGGUUCUGGAUCCAUGCGGCCCAAGGGCGUUUUGGCUACGGGGCUUUAUACGCCUACAGGUGCCGGGAUCUUGGCGGAUAUCUAUAAGCCGUUGUUGACUUAUACCAUUCCGGGGCCGAGUUUGAUUGCCGGUGCGACAGCGGUGGCACCAAGUACGUCUGCGAUUACUUCUACAGGGACUGCCAUUGUUCCCCAGGCUACCUCAUCGUAAGGAGGUCUUUUGUUUCUUUCUUCGUCUCUUUUGAAUGAAUGUGGAAAAUGUUGGUGUCGAGACCAGCGUCCGGGGAUGCCUGAAUUGGGCC